GCUUGUGACUGACACAUGCUCGAAAACUCAGGGCUGACCUCUGGUGUCCGCCUCACUUCCGUGUUCCGCUCACCUGUUACACCUGUAUUACUGCGCUGUGCUGUAGGUGCGUCUCCUGCUCGGCCGGUGCACCUGCUGCGUUUUUACUGUGCCAUGACGGAGGAGCUCACAACGUGCGAUCUAACAUGCCCGUCCUCGCCUUAUGCCACCGAGGGCACCUCUUUAACAAAACCCUCGGGGAUGGACGGUGAGCAGCCCAUUUUCUCCGUGUUGAAGGGACAGGGGGAGGAGGCGGACACCGACGCGUCGACCUCCCCCGGCGGCGCGACCACCACCAACAACACCAACACCACCGACGCCGAGUCCGGGAUCUUCUCCGCGGAGGGCGAGCUGUGCGUGGAGCAUGACUCAGAGCUGGACUGGUUCUGUGGGACCGAGCAGAAACUCAUCUGCUCCCACUGCGCCAUCGUGGGCUCCUGCCACGGACACACCGUGACCCCUCUGGCCGCCAGAGUAACCGCAGUCAGGAACCAACUCGUGGAUGUGUGUGAGAAAAUACAGCUGCAGGCACUGAGGAUUGAGAAGUUUAUCGACCAGACGCUGACAGCCAAAGAACAAAAGCUUCAGACGGCGGCGAGCAGUGCGAGGGAGCAGAUCCUGGCCCAGGUGAGCGCGGCGCGCGAAGCCCUGGAGGAGGAGGAGCAGCGCCUCUUGGAGCAGGUGCACAGAGAGGAGGAGCGGGUGGAGCAGUGUCUCCUCACCCAGAGAGCCCACUGGAGCCAGGCUCUGGCCAGCCUGUCGCAAACACGCUCGGGCCUGGUGCACAUGCUGACACACACUCCCGACCCACAGCUGGCGACGAGUGUCCAGGAAAUAUCUGAAAGGGUGGAGGAGGCGGAGGGGGUCGGGGAGCCCUGUGACACAGACAAGCUCAACCUGAACCCAGGCUGCAGCGACAGCAAGCUGCUCCGAGGUCUGUGGGCCGCUGCAGUGCUGCUGGGGCCCAACGCGUACGGAUCAUCUUAUUUAAAGUUCGAUGAGCGCACAGUGAGCCCGCUCCUCUCCCUGUCUGACGACUUCUGCACGUUGACCUUCCUCCACAAAAAACCUCGCCAGUCGCCUCCCUACGACCCAGCACGAUUCGACUGCUGGCCCAACGCUCUGGGCUCACUGUCCCUGUCCUCUGGCACCCACAGCUGGGUGAUGGAUGUAGGUCAGAGUGCUGCCUUUAAGGUGGGGGUCUGCUACGCCUCUCUGGAGCGCAAAGGCUCCGGGAACGAGGCCCGGCUGGGCAACAACAGUCAGUCCUGGGUGCUGUCCCACUACGACGGGGACUACUCCUUCUGCCACGCGGGGAAGAAUGUGCCACUGCAGUUGGUGAGGAGACCCCAGAGGAUCGGCCUGCUGCUGGACUGGCCGAGUCAGACGCUGAUGUUUUACGAGCCGGACUCCAGCGCCGUGCUGUACUCUGUCACGCAGCGGUUCAAGGCACCGCUUGUGCCGGCGUGUGCGGUGACUGACCGCAGUAUCACCAUACUGCACUGACAGAGACGCAAAGACCCAGACUAUGGCCAAAACUUAAUACAUAAGUGAACAUGUGAAGAACUGCCAGGCGGAGACGACUUUACCUAAUGAAAAUGAUCCUCCUUCUGUGCAGUUAAUGCAGGCCUCAACUUAUAUUUAUUGUUUCCUGUUCUGUUAGUAAAUUCUGAUUUUUUUACUUUUUUAAUGAUUUAAUAGAUUUUCUUUAUCUAUAAUCUAUAAUAUUAUACAUAUGUUAUACCAUAAUAAUAUAUUAUUACAUAUUAUACAGUAGUGCUACUUUAUAACAGUGUUGUUUUGACUGACAAUGAUUGAUUUUUUUUUUUAUUAAAUAGGAUGUUUGUUUUUAAUAUGAUUGUUUUUAUCAUCAGACACUGGUUGAUCCAGGACUGUUCUAAAUGUUUUGUGGAAAAGAAACUCACCGCAAAUCAUUUUUGCUUUGUUACAUGUUAAGUAAACCAGUUAUUACAGUUUGAAUUGCUUUUUUGUCUCUGCAAUAGAAAUUCCCAGGCCACACAAGGUAUAAUAUUGUAUUUUCUUUCACAGAAACAUGUUCAGUAAAAGUGCUGAGAUGUGAAAAGAUGUUGUGUUAAAAUUAACUUUAACAAUAGUGAAAGUUACUCAUAGUUAUUAGAGUAACAGGCCUAAAGUAUCUGACAUUAAAUGUUGGGGGCCAUAUUCCCACAAGGGGGACCAGACAUUGGAGAAAAGAGCAGCCAACUUUAAAUAAUGUUUCAUCUCCAUUGUUAAAUAUUUUGAAAAAAACAACAACUUGUUUUCAACAUUUCUAUACAUAUUAAAUCAUUUUUAAACAACGCCGCCACUACUUUUCUUAUUAAGAACACAACUCACCAAUAGCGUAUGAAUUCAAAAAUAUGAAUAUAUAGAAUAUGUACUGAACAAAAAAUAUAUAAAUAUGUGUAUAGUGGGGCCCCAAAAAUACUUUUUAUAUAACUGAGAAAAUAACAUUUAAAAAUGGCUUCAGUCUGGUCUGAUGCAGUACACAAUCCGCAAAAAUAAGCUGAAACUAAAAUGAUCAAAUGAUUGUAGUGGAAUAAAAAGUGCAAAUUUGCCUCCAACAUUGAGUGAACUGGAAGUUUAAAGUAGCAAAAACAUCAGAAACACUUCCUCAAAAGUGCCUCAAAAUUGUUUGUAAGUGUGUGACAGUAUUUGAAUAGAUGUACUGAGUUACGCUCCAUCAUUAGACAUUUUGUCAGGGAGACAAACAGGACAGACAAAUCCCGGUUUUGAUUCAUGUGUGUUGUAUUGUAUUGUAUGUGUCAGCCACACGUUAAAACACUUGUCCUGCAGGACGUGUGACUCAGAAAACACUCAUUAUUCUUGUUCAGAGGUUUGUGUGAAACUCCAUGAGAAAGCUGAUGUUUCCUGUUAACAACAUAACAUCAGCUGUGUGAGUUUAAUGGUUGGUGUCACCAUGAAACUUUUAAAGUUGUCAUGCAUUUAGACAAAUAUUUUGCAUACUAUUCGUUUUCUGACAUGUAGUGUUCAAAUAUAAGAUAAUUUUCAAAUUAAAUGUGUGCUAAUUUGCGUGAAUUUUAUAGACAGAUAUCUUAAUGUUAGAUAACUCCAGGUUCAAAACUUGUAUUUAAUGUUGUUGAUUUAUUGAGUCAAAGGUCUUUUGUUCACCCGACAAAUCAGAGAUACUGGCAAAAGACAAAAAAGUAGAGACUUCUAACUCAGACUUUUAGACAGCUUUACUGUAAAAUUCAAUAUAUUUUCAGACGAAAAUGGUGUGUAGAGUUAAAUGCAUUUAACUAAUAGAUGUCACCAUGAAAGCUGUCUGAUAAUGCAUGUGUAAAUAUGCACAUGAGGCCAUCUGAUUAAAGAUGUUAUCCUCUGCAUACAUUUCCAAAACACUAAACUGAAAAUGAACACCUGAAUGUUUAAAGGACUGUUUUGACCAUUUUCCUUCCACUUAUCUAAAAGAAAACAUGUAGGAGACCAAGAUCUCAAAUUUGACCAAUUCGUGCAUUGAAAAAAUUAUGUUUGAAAAAUAUUUUUUCCAUAACAUGUCUUCUUUUAGUUUAAAGGAAAGAAAAUUGACAAAAUACAAAUGUGUUCAUUUAAGUUCUAUAUCUGUUCUGUAAAUGUAUGUAAGUGAGUUUAUAUGUAUUUUAUUUGCAUAUUUAAACAUAACUUAAAAAUACACAAUUAUCUGGGAAGUUUCACUGUGGUUUUUUUUUAGUUCACAGAGUAAAACUUUGUCCUUUGUUGGAGAAAACCAAGGGCCGACAAAGUCAAGACUCUGACACACUGUUCACCUCAGUUGCAAUAAAGAAUUUUGUUUUGGCACAAAGACCUUCAUCAGGUCAUCUUGUAGAUCAUUUUUAGAAGAUAAACUGAGGAAGGUCACAGUGUGCAGGAGUUUUUUGUCCUGGUUUUAUUAAUUAAAGGAAUUACCCUAUAUUCACCAUUUUUCAUGUAUCAUAUUUUACAACAGGCCUUUAUAUUGUUUAAGACUGUUUUCUCAAAAUAAGUUUCUUUUUUUCCGCCAUAUUCUCAUAUAUAUAUAUCUCUCUCAGAGUUAGUAGCACUUACGUACACCAAAUGUUCCAGUUUCUAUCUACAUUCUGAAGGUUUUUAUUAAGGAGUUUGUUCACAAAUAUCAUAUUUAUAUAUUAUUCUAUUUCAAAUAGAUGGUGAAAAUGUACCCAGUCUUCAGAUUUCUCUCAUGGAAAUGUGUGCAAGUCACCAAAUAGUUAAUUUGAUAAUUUCUUAUAUCAUAUCAUUUCACUCGUCUGACAAAAAAUUAUUAUCUGAAUUUAAGUAAUCAAAUGUGGAAGUUUCAUGGUGACAUCUACCAGUAUUUGUACUAUACUCACCUGUAGUGUCUUCUGUUAAACUUGGCGUGUUGGAGUCCACAUCACUAGUUUUGUAACUUUUUUUAAUUACAUCAGUAAAAGUGGGAAGUGAUUUUUUUUUUUUUUUUUUUUGCCAGAACCCAAAUUCAGGAGUCAUGGUCAUGAUACUGAGCGGAAACAGAGCAGCUGUGAACACGUCCCGGGCUCCUCAGAGGUUUGGGCAGAAACAAACCACCAGAGGGCGGCAACGUCAAACCACUGUCACAUCUCACCAAACGAGACAUGCAGAUGUGCUGACUCAUAUGAGUAGAGUGGGAAAGUGAGAGUGUCUCUACAGAGUGACCACCAGCUACACAUAUGACUACAAUC